AUGCCAGAACACUGGAAAAUGCUCUCCUUCCUUUUUGCCAUCCAGGACAUCAACCAGGAUUCCCGCCUCUUACCAAACAUCACCCUGGGAUGCUCCUACACCAAGGAUGCCUUUUCAGUGAAAGUCUGGAGACGGUGCAGAGAAAGAGAAGAACGGCAGGCUCAGCCUCAGGAGAUAAUUGACCGGAUCCUGUCUGUGGACAACUACUUCACUUACAACACGAUCUGGGCUGUGGCCCGGGCCUUACACGCAGCCGAUUUAUCCAGAUCUCAGAGGACAGGAAUCAAUGGUGGGAAGAACCUGGAGACUCCAAGGCUGAAGGCCUGGCAGGACCUGCCCAAGGAAAGGGGAGUGAUUGGUCCUUGCUGUCCAGGCAUGGGAGGGAGGGGCCAAGAAGGACAGGAAUUUACCAGUCAGGAUGCAGAAAAAUGUAACAAAUGUCCAGAAGAUCAAUAUCCAAACAUCCAUCAAGAUCACUGUAUAGACAAGAUUGUGACCUUCCUUUCCUAUCAAGAAAAUCUGGGGAUCAUCUUGGCUUUCCUUGCCUUGUUCCUCUCUUUAAUCACAGGCUUUGUCUUGGGAAUCUUCAUUAAAUUCCAAGACACACCGAUCAUCAAAGCCAACAAUCGGGACCUCUCCUACAUCCUCCUUGUCUCCCUUCUGUUUUCCUUCUUGACCUCCUUCCUCUUCAUUGGCCAGCCAAGUAGAGCCACCUGCCUUCUCCGACAAACAGCCUUCAGUAUCAUUUUCUCACUCGCUGUUUCUUCUGUCUUGGCCAAAACAGUCACGGUGGUGUUAGUGUUCUUUGGCACAAAGCCAGGGAAUAAACUACAGGGAUUGCUGGGGAAGAGCUUGGCUAAUUCCAUUGUCCUUUCUUGCACAGGUGUCCAAGUUGUCCUCUGCGGCAUCUGGUUGGGGACUUCUUCCCCCUUCCCUGACUAUGACAUGAACUCGCAGUAUGGAGAGAUCAUCCUGCAAUGCAAUGAAGGUUCUGUCCCCAUGUUUUAUGGGGCCCUUGGCUACAUGGGCUUCCUGUCUGCUGUCUGCUUCGUGGUGGCUUUCCUGGCCAGGAACCUCCCAGCAGCCUUCAAUGAAGCCAAGCUGAUCACCUUCAGCAUGCUGGUCUUCUGCAGUGUUUGGGUCUCCUUUGUGCCCACUUAUCUGAGCACCAAGGGCAAAUACGUGGUGGCUGUGCAGAUCUUCUCCAUCUUGGCCUCCAGUGCUGCCCUGCUGGGCUUUAUCUUUUUCCCCAAAUGCUACAUUAUUUUUCUAAGACCAGAUCUGAAUAAAAAAAAACUGGAACCAUCCCCUCAAGAAGGAGGAGGACCAGAGGUGUACACAGAGGUCUUCAAGGCAGUGCCGGAAGAGGCCAUGACUGAGGGCAUCCAACGCCUCUGGAAGACCAACAAACACCAAGAGUGUUGCACUCCUCCGUCCUGA